AUGAGGCUGUCCAUCUGCACCGCCGCGCUCUCCCUGACGGGAGGCGUGGUCGCCGGCACCGUGAUCUGGGAUGGGCGCUUCAACGACAUGACCUCGGCGGCGGACCUGAACAAGUGGUCGUGGGGCAACCAGGUCGGGUCCUACCAGUACUACAUCCACGGAUCCAGCCCCGUCACCAGCUACGUCAACCUGUCGCCCAGCCACAAGAACCCGGCCGACACGACGUCCAAGCAGGGCGCCAAGCUGACGCUCGACUCGACCGCGUACUGGAACGGGCAGAACAUGCGGCGCAUCGAGCUCAUCCCGCAGACCACGGCCGCCAUCAACCAGGGCAAGGUGUUUUACCACUUUAGCAUCAAGCGGUCCGACGUCAACGCCCCCGCCACCACGCGCGAGCACCAGAUCGCCUUUUUCGAGAGCCACUUCACCGAGCUCAAGAGCGGCUGGCUGUCGGGCGCCCCGGGCACCUCGGACCCGGCCCUGCGGUGGAUGGUCAACCAGCAGACAAAGUGGAGCGUGGACUGGGCCGCCGACGUCUGGCACAACGUCGCCUACGAGAUCGACUUUGCCGCCAACACGGUCGGCUUCUGGCACUCCACCGGCGCCAGCCCGCUCCAGAGGAUCGUCGCCCCCGUGUCGGUGAGCACCUCGAGCAACGGCGCCGACUGGCACGUCGGCGUGCUCGAGCUGCCGCGCAGUGGCUACCCGGACGCCGUUGAGGACUUUUACUUCUCGGGCGUGUACAUCGAGACCGGGACCAUCACCACCGCCAUCGGGGACGGCAGUGGCUCUGCGCCGGACCCCGGAGUGCCCGGCACCACCUCGCGACCUCCCACCACCCCGGGGACCACUCCCACUACGACGAGGCCCCCUACUACGACGCCAGUCACGACCACCAAGCCCCCGGCGACGACGACGCAGCCGCCUGCACAGCCGGGACAGACUCGCUAUGGACAAUGCGGCGGAAAUAACUGGUCAGGCCCGAGCUCUUGCAUAGAGGGAACCUGCACCGUCUUGAACGAGUGGUGUAAGUAG